UCUAGACUAUAUGAAUUCUGCCAGGAAAAAUCCAGUCAUAAUGACCAGUAACGAGUCAGAAAACAGUGAAGGAUUAAAAGAACCAUUGUUUGAUGCAGUGAAAGAAGCUGCAGAAUUGAGAGCUCCCCAGGAUGGGAGUGAUUGUUCCUUUCUGGCGCUGUUUGAAGAUGAGAGCCAACCAAUCCAUAAUAAUCCUUCCACAAAACAUUUUAAUCCUUUUGUUAACCAAAGCAGUACUGCCAUUUUUUUCAUUGAUCCUGAUGAUAGAAAUCAAAUGACCAACAGAAAUUAUCGUUACAAUACUAGAGAAGCUUAUCCUGCAAUCAAUGCAAAAACAAGUUCUGUAGACAGACAUCUUGAAGGCAUUUUCACAGCUCCGGAACAGGUUUUACUUCAAAGUAACAAUGCCUCAAGUGCAAGCUACAAGAAAACCAGUGGACUUCAUAAAACCCACGUGCAGGACUGUCAUGAGAGACAACACUACUUCAUACCCUCUGAAAAACCUGCAAACCUUGAUAAAAUUGAGACAUUUGUUUAUCACCAUGAUCAGCGGGUUAACUUAAAGGAGAAUGUGCAGAACUAUUCAAGAAAAAAAUGUGAUGACAAGUCUGUGAAAGAAUCAGUCUGGAAACAGAAACAGCUCUUUGGAUUUGAAGAGUUCACAACAGCACAAGAGAAAGAGUAUAAGUUUGGCCUGAGUUCAGAUCUUCACGAGAUGGAGAAGGAUGUGGAGUCAUCCCUCAGCAGCCAGUCUCCCAGCUACUCCCCAAGGCAGACAGAGAGCUGUUUCAGUUCUAGUCCCGACACGUCUGAAGAGGAAGACACAGCCAAAAAGAAGGAAUAUCUGAAGGAACAGUCCCUGAAGAUAGAUGGUGCCAACCCAGUCUCAGCCUCAGGGCGUACAGAGCCCCCCAGGAGCUCUCACACCAGACUUGUACCUCUCCAGCCCAGCAGUAUUUUGACUAGAGAAGCAGCAAAUCAUCUUCAGGAGAAAGACUCUAUUUUAUGUGCCACAGAGGAGGAAAAUAAAGACCACGCUGCCCCAUCUGAGGGCAGCUUGUUACACCAAACCCUUAAGAAAGAAUGCGUUGCUCGCAGUACCAGCUGCGAUGGUUGGUCGCAGACUGAGAGCUCUGUUACAGAAGUAGAGAAAGUGGAUGUUGCCACCCAGUGUGACCCCACACCACUGUGCAGCUGCCGGGGCUCCCUGCCCUCUGCCCGCAGCCCGGGGGAGCUCCCCCCACCCAGCGCCACGGGCACCGCUGGAGGGCACAAAAUGCCAGCACAUGAGGCACUGCAGCCUGCAGGCACCAGCAGCGCAGCGAGAAUAGUGGCAUGUUCUUCCGAAGGCGAGUAUCUGAGUUUGGCUGGCAGAAGGACUCUAGAGGUGCUGAACUACAUCGAUAUAAUGAAGGAGAGAGAGAAGCAGUGA